AAAGGACAAUAUGUGGGGAACAUUCAAACAGAGGCAAAUACAUGCACAGAGGAGACCUGAGCAGCAACAAUUUACCUAAAGAAGCACAACAAAUGAAAAAGACACAAUUAAUGUACCUCACAGUGGCAAUCAUCCUGAUUAUGGCUGGGGACAGUCUGCAGAUUGUGGUAAGAGAUUCUUCAGAUGAAACCAGGUGGCAAGAAUAUCAGUCCCAGAUCUUUACAUCAAAUAUUAAGCGGCACUCUGAAGGAACUUUCUCCAGUGACUUAACAAGAUAUCUGGACAGAAUGAAAGCAAAAGACUUUGUCCAGUGGCUGAUGAACGAAAAACGAUUCAGUAACAGCAAAAGGAAUAUUGGAAGUAAUGUUAGACUUUCUAAAUUCCCAUCUGAUGUCUCAUUCCUUAGGUACAGCUAAAGCUGUAUAACACUGGGACUGUUGAUGCAUCAGAUGCGCCUUUUAAAACACAAUU